CUGGUGACUACCUUCAACUUUCAACUUCCCUUACUUCCCUCCAAUUCUCUUCUUGUUUCAACAACGGCUCGCUUCCUCAUCGCCCCUUUGUCCGUGGCCUUGAUGGCCUACUUCUUCCAAGUUGAAGCUGUUCCUCUGAGAGGCCGCCAGAUGGGUGAUAUUCAAUGCAACGUCGUGCAUCUCAAGACAGUUUCCAGGCUUGCGGCCACAAAGUCUGCACUUCAGGAGAUCAAUACCAGCACUUCUACUACCACAGGCACUGCAGUCACUGCCCCUCAGUCGGGAUUAGACUCCGCCAGUACUGGUAUCAAAACCAUCGCUGGAGCUCUCUUGAUGGGGCAGACUGCUCCUGCCACAGCUCACAAUGAGGUCAAGACUGGUCUGCUUGCUGCCCAGUCUGCACUGGAUGGAAUCACUACACAAGCACAAACAAAGCUUAAUGACACUAUUACUGCUGGGAGCAAUGUUGUUGCUGAUUGUAACUAAAGCCGAGGACCAUUGGGUAGGGAAGAACUUUCAGUUGAAGGUCCUGAACCCUUUUUUGGACUUUAAGUGUUUUAUCUCUUGCCUAGUAGCAGAUCAUUAGUUUCUCCAUGUUGUGAUCAAGUCAAUAAAACUAGAUGCAGCAUGAAUUUAUUUGGAUAGUUUAGAU